AUGGCUGUCCUCAAGGAGCUCCAGAGCAGGUGCAGGGUGUCUGCCUUUGGGGACUUCUCAGCCUCUAGCAGUGGCACCCUGUUGCAGGAACUGGUGAAUGUCUUCACAUGGUUAAGGAUAUGGAAUGAAUGUGAAGGUGAGGCCUGUACAGGGGCAAUUCCUCACAGCCCUGCCACUCUCCACAGCAAAGACCCCAAAGAAACACCCUGGAGUGGGGUCGGGAACCCCUAUGUGGUGGAGGCCACAGGUGUGUACCUGUCCCUAGAGGCAACAUCGGCACACAUCUCAGCAGGUGCCCGCCGUGUGGUCAUCUGCGCACCCUCACCAUAUGCACCAAUGUUUGUCAUGGGAGUGAAUGAGAAGGAAUAUAACCCUGGCUCUAUGAAAAUUGUCAGCAAUGUGUCCUGUACCACCAACUGCCUGGGCCCCCUCGCCAAGGUCAUCCAUGAGCGAUUUGGGAUUGUGCAAGGGUUGAUGACCACAGUCCAUUCCUACACAGCCACCCAGAAGACAGUGGAUGGGCCAUCAAAGGCCUGGCGAGAUGGAUGGGGUGCCCACCAGAACAUCAUCCCAGCCUCCACAGGGGCAGCCAAAGCUGUGGGCGCAGUCAUCCCAGACCUCAAAGGGAAGUUCACAGGAAUGGUGUUCCGAGUGCCAACCCCAGAUGUAUCUGUUGUGGACCUCACCUGCUGCCUAGCCCAGGCUGCCCCCUACUCAGUCAUCAAGGAUGCUGUAAAAGAAGCAGCCAAGGGACCCAUGGCUGGCAUCCUUGCCUACACUGAGGAUGAGGUGGUCUCCACGGACUUUGUCGGUGAUAACCACUCGUCCACCCUUGAUGCUAAGGCUGGCAUCGCCCUCAAUGACAAGUUCGUGAAGCUCAUUUCCUGUUACGACAACGAAUAUGGCUACAGUCACCGGGUGGUCGACCUCCUCCGAUACAUGUUCAGCCGAGAGAAGUAGAGCAGGAAGGCCCCUCCUUUGAGUCCUCGCACUCCCGUUCCCGCACUCGGCUCCCCGGGCGAAAUAAAAACCCAAGUAUUCACAACUG